AUGGCUUGUACAUCCACAACUAUUUCCAGCAAUGUUGUCAUGACUAAAAAUGCUAUGGGUAAUGAAUAUUCAGCACUGCUAAAUGCAGCAUUGGGCAAUGUUUUGGGUAUAUUUAUAUCACCGGCUCUUGUCUUCUAUUUUAUGAGUAAUCCUAUUGUUAAUUCUUUGUCAAGCAGUGCUAGUAGUGGUAAGAGUAGUCGACUAGACUAUGGAAAUGUUAUGAAAAACUUGGGUUUGACUGUACUUCUACCUUUAUUUGUCGGACAAGUCAUUCAUUUCUUAUGGACAAAACAGGUUGCAUAUGUACGAGAAAAAUUUCACUUUUCCGAACUCAAUAGUCUAGCUCUGUUAGCACUAGUGUGGUCGGUAUUUUGUACAGCUGUUGCCACCGAAUCAUUUCACACAAUAAACGGAAAGGAUCUUGCCGCCUUGAUUAUUAUUAAUGCUGGAAUAUAUAUUAUUUUUUCACUAUUAAUCAUGAUCACUGCACGAAUACCCAUUCGAUAUUGGCAGUUUUCACGAGAAGAUACGGUAGCAAUCAUGUUUUGUGGUGCCACAAAAACUGUAGCCAUGGGAGUACCAUUAAUAAACAUUCUCUAUACUGGUGGAGAUCAAGAAGUAAUUGGUUUACUUUCGUUACCAUUGAUAAUGUAUCAUGUUGAACAAUUAAUUUUGGGUGCCAUUGAAGCAUUGUUGCUGAAAAAAUGGGUGACAACUGGAAUUAAGAAACAGUCAACAAUGGUAAACGAUAACAUAGUGAAGCCCAAGACGUGCCAGCUAACAACAAUAAGUAUAAGACCUUGA